UGAAAAGAAAGAGCUGCUUUCCCGCUUUGCUGGCGGAGCUGCGCGCGCCUGUGGAGCUCGAGCGCGGCUGGACUGUGCGCUGCUUGUGUAAGGUUUCUGUUCAGUCUGAAGGAUUGACGCGCCGGAAGCGCUGAGCCUCUUCCUCUCUCCGGUGUGACACAGACUGAGGCAUGAGGAGGUCAGGGCUUUUCCUCAGCAGGAGGCAGCUCUCUGAGAGGUGGGGAAUGGACGCGCGCUGAGGAGAGUCAAGCUCCCUGUGGAUUUAGUAUUUUUUCCGCCUGCUCUCGUGCGGAUGUUUUUUCCCCCCGCGUGCGAUCUUGGCGCUCUCACCUGCACUUCUAAGGAAAACUUUAACGAUUGCAAGUAAACAGCGCCUCAUUAAAGCGUCCUGUGGAACUGCACGUGAGCUUGACGGGUUUAAGGACCGCGUCUCGUUAUUGCGCAAUCCGAGGAGCAGAGCAUGUGUGAUCAUGACCGGAUUACCUUUUCUUCAGCUGACCUUUCUCUCAGCCCGCAGAGGAUGCUGAUGACGAGCUGCUGAAGAAGACAGCAUUCAUCCCAGUAAACUCGCCUACUUACUCCAGGAGUGGGACAAGAUCUCCACCUGCCAUUCCAAGCUGAAGGAAAAGGCGCAGACCAGAGCCAGGAGUGCAGUUUGGGUCAGGCGGGAUUGGCAGAAGAAUGCUGGUCCCAGGCAUCCGGUGGCAGGAUGGCGUCGUGUUGGCAGAGCGCUCUGGGUGUUAGAUGGUUCCUCUUGAUGCUCGUGUGGCGCUGGGCACCUCUGGGUGCUCUGAGCUGGCUCCUUGCCUCAGCCGAGCGCCCUGAGCCUUUGUCUUCCUCCUCUCUGCCUGGCAAGGCAAGUCCGGCUCAGCUGGACUGGCUCCUGUCUGACAAGGGUCCUUUCCACCGGUGCCCGGAGUACACUGAGUUCAAGGAGCGCUUUCAGCAGGGCUUCUCAACACGCUACAAGAUCUACAGGGAAUUCAGUCACUGGAAAGUGAACAGCUUGGCCACAGAGAAGAGAGAUUUCUUCAAGGCUCCACUGCCUCUGUCUCCUGAAUUCCUACGCAACCUCAGGCUACUUGGAAGGAGGCCGACUCUCCAGCAGAUCCAUGAAAACCUGAUCAAGAAAUACGGCACUCACUUCUUAGUAUCAGCUACACUUGGGGGCGAGGAGUCUCUCACCAUCUUCCUGGACAAACAGAAGCUCAGCAAGAAGUCUGAGGUCAACGGCAACAGCUCGACGGUGUCUCUGGAAAUCCUGCACCAGCUGGCUGCAUCUUAUUUCACUGAUAGAGAGAGCACGCUCAGGAGGCUUCACCACCUACAGAUUGCCACCUCAGCCAUCAAGGUAACAGAGACCAGAACAGGGCCUCUGGGAUGCAGUAACUACGACAGCCUGGAUUCUGUCAGCUCAGUGCUGGUGCACAGCCCAGAGAAUAAAAUCCAUCUGAAAGGUUUACAAGAUGUUCUCCCUGACUUCCUGCGUAACCGCUUCGUGGAGGCAGCGCUCAGCUAUGUGGCGUGCAAUUCCGAGGGCGAGCUCUUGUGCCGCAACAAUGACUGCUGGUGUCGAUGUUCCGCCAAGUUCCCUGACUGCAACUGCCCCUUCUUGGAUAUCAGAGCCAUGGAAGAGAGUCUUCGGAAGAGCAGGGAGGCCUGGAUCACCUUGAACAAUGAGUUUACUGAGUCAGAUGAGUUUAAGGCCUUUCUGAAGAAGCUGCCCACCGAUCGCUUUUUGAACACAUCAUCUAUCCUGAAGUUCUGGAGUUUGGACACAGCCUUGCAGAGACGCCACACUCAGCUGGAGACCAGCACUAAACUGAUCUUUGGCAAAGACAACAAAAUUGUGCGGAAACUCUUCACCCUCAGCAAGCGCUGUCCCAAACAGCCAAAGAUCAGCCUGCCCAGAGAAAGGACAUUGGGUUUCUGGUUGAACAGAGUUCAGUCUCUCCUGUACUGCAACGAACAUGGAAUCCUGGGCUCCUUCUCAGAGGAAGUGCAUUACUGCUUGUGUCCUACAGAACAGGGCAGCUCCUGCCAGGGCACAGUUCCUUGUGAGGUGGGUGAGGGCACACUGUGUUCCUUGUGUGCUCCAGACAAUGUCACCCGAUGUGGCACAUGCAUGCCUGGUAGCUUCCUGCAGCUGGGCUCAUGCCGGCCAGCCGUGGCCAUCUCACUGGACCACUAUGUGAACUUUGACUUGGACAUGGUGGAUGCAGAGGCACACCACUUGCUGCAGCGUCUUGACGGGCGCCUGGAGGUGCGUGCAAUCUACAUCAGCAACGAUGUGCGCUUGGGAAGCUGGUUCAACCCAGCGUGGCGCAAGCGCAUGCUGCUUACACUCAAGAGCAACAAGAACAAGUCAAACCUGGUGCAUAUGCUCAUGGGAAUCUCUUUCCAGAUCUGCACCACACAAAACAGCACGCUGGAGCCUGUGCCUGCCAUCUACGUCAACCCGUUUGGGGGAAGCCAUUCAGAGAGCUGGUUCAUGCCCGUCAAGCAGAACAACUUCCCUGACUGGCAGCGAACUAAACUGGACUCAGCACUGCCAUGCCACAAUUGGACGCUGAUGCUGGGCACCAAAUGGAAGUCCUUCUUCGAGACAGUGCAUGUCUACUUGCGCAGCCGUAUCCUCACAGAUGACCCGGGUGUCAACGAGACUCUCUUCUAUGAGCCUUUGGAAAUGGACUCUGCUAACCUGGGGUAUAUGAAGAUCAACAGCCUGAGGGUGUUCGGUUAUAGCAUGCACUUCGACGCCGAUGGUGUCAAGGAGCUGAUCUCACAGUUGGACUACCCGUACACACAGGGCACGCAGGACACUGCCUUUCUGGCACUGAUGGAGAUCCGCGACCGUGUAAAUCGGCUCUCGCCACCCACUGAGCGCCCGCUCGACCUCUUCUCCUGCCUACUCCGCCACCGGCUCAAGCUCUCAGCCAGUGAGGUGGCACGUGUCCGCGACUCGCUUCAAAGCUUCAGUGCCAAGUUGCCCAGCUCCUCCAAACCUGAACUUUCCCAGCUGUGCAGCUAGCUCAGAUAAUUCUCUCCUGCCUGUGUGUGUGUGUGUAUGUGUGUGUGAAUUGCAAAUGAGAAAGAGGAAGAAUUCAGCCAGCUGUGCAAGCUAGCUCACAUGAUUUUCUCCUGCACUUUCCUCUACUAUUUUAUCUGACUUCUGAAAUCUUGUAUUGAAAGAUGUAUAUACUGUAUUUAACAAUGGACUGAGAUGCCCUUAAUGGAAUCUUUGUAUUCAGAAAUGCGCUUGACUGGAACAUCAAGGCAUGGAUGGUAAGUUUGUUUAUACGUCUUUUUGAAGCUAGCUUGGAUAAUACUCUCCAGCCUGGGUUUGUGUGAAUAUGAAUGAGCAAGAGAGAAAAGAACACGGCCAGCUAUGCGGCUAGCUUGUGUGAUACUCUCUUGCUUAGGCAUGUUUGUUUUUAUCAGAAUGUGAAUGAGAAAGGCAGGGAGAGAGGUAAAAACAUUAUUUUGGAAAUGAGUGUCCAUGUUCUUGUGGGUUUGCUUUUCUAAGCCUGCCACCUCUGAGCAGCAAAAUUGAACCAACUGUAAGUUGUGAUUGACAUGGGAGUAGCGAGUGCGCAUACAUCUGAAUGUUAAGCAAAUUUAACACAGACUGAAUCAAGUUGUGCUUUUGAGCAAAGCUUGAAGAGAGACAGAACUGCAUCCUAGCCUUUUCUGUGGAACAAUGUAAAAACAUGACAUGUCUGCUCUUUUUCUAUGUGUUCGGAGAUGUUUAGUAUUAUUUGGUGACUCUAUUUGAAAAAGGGCAUAGCUGAUGAGGAUUACAUUCUUAUAAAUUUAUGGUGAAAAUUGGUUAUACAGUAAUAGCGAUCAAGACACAGGUUUACUUUACUUUUCUAUUUUUAUCUGAUGUCCUAAAUCAUGUAUUGCGAGAUGUUUCUCUGUAUUUAUUACUGGAUUGAGAUGCCCUUAACAGACGCUUCAUAUUGAGAGAUAUGACAAAAAAACAACAACAAAAAAAAAACCCAAAAGGUUAACAUCAAGGCAAACAAAAUGGCAAACUGUCUUAUUUAAAUGUUCCAGUCUUUCAGAUGUUGAUCUUAUAAUAACAUUACAUUGUUUUGCAAAGGUUUGUGGGCAGCUUUGUAAAUAUUGCUCUGUCAUUAAUACUCAUUCAGGAUGUGAAAGCUGCACAUUGCUCUAUUAAAUAUAAAUGGCUCAUCACUCUUAUGAAUUGAAUGAAUUUGUACUUUUUGGAACAGGCAAAGACCAAAAACAUUUCUUACCCGACAAAAACACGUAUCUAUUGCCUUAUGAAGUGGAGUUUGUGUUCGGAUAUUAAAGCACACUUGGUCAGCUGUGUCGUUAUUUCAAAAAUGUGUUGCUCCUUUUGCCUAAGUUCUUGCUCUUUUCUUCUUUAUUCUUUUUCAGCUCUGAUUUUAAUUACAGUAACUAAUAUUCUGUAAAAAAAAAAAAAAAAUCCAAUUUAUAAUUGACAUACUCUGUGAGAAAUAUAUGUAUCUGCUCUGUACAAAACCAUAAAUCUCUGUUUAAAAACCUCCUUUAAUGUUCGUCAUAACAUUUCCGCAUUUUCUCAUACACUAAUUAACUACACUCAGUGACAUACAUUUGAAUUCCUUCAAGCAUCUGUGAAACUAAAAGCAAUCAAGCAUGAGGCUAUUUAAUAUUUUUAUGGUCAUUUUGCAUUAAAAUUCAUAUCCCAUCUCAUCCAUAACACAAAUAUAUGGCAUAAUAGAGCACUGAGUGUUUGUGUGGACAAGUGUUAAUUUUGCAAGACCAUGUCCUGAGAUCCAUCUGUAAAUGAUCUACAAAUCAUGUCAUUUAUCAACACCUUGUUUUGAUUUUGCCCUUAGCUGUGGAAAUCCUGUCAGCAUAUAUUGUACAUCAAUGCCUGAAAUUACCAGCUUGUCAUAUAAAUAGCAGCAUUUAUUAGGUGAGGAGGCAAUUUGCUAGAUUGUCACAAAGGCCGGCAAAAAUCUCUGUCUGUCUCAACAGACAGCUCUAAGUCACUGAGCAGCCUGAGUAGAAAAGAAGUAUAUGUGUAGGAUGGAGUUUGCAGCAAUAGACUGUUCAUCUUUAUUAUCUAGCUCUUGCUCUUUGGCUAAUCAUCGAGGUGAGGGAGAGCGGCGAUCAAUCAUGAAGGUCUUGCCUAAACUAUGGUUGCUCUCUAAAGGAGAAAUGAACGUGGUGAAUAUUCCAGUGAUUGGUUAUUUAUGAUGGUUGUAUUGCCUUGAGCAUGAGGUCGCUUAUGCAUUGGAUUUAUGAAAUAUACAACUGUGCAAGAUUUAGAUCCUGGAUUUACUUUCCCUCCUGAGAAACAUGUCCCAUCUAAUUAUGCCAGCUGCAUACAUAGCAGCCAGAAUUACCUGUAUAAGAUCCCUAAGUGCUUUACUCAAGAUUCAUAUCAGAAAACCAUGUCCCAAGUUCAAGAGCUCUGAUGUGGAACGCUGUUUUAGAAUUGGUUAUUAAAAAAAUGUUUUAAUCUAAAUUCAUUUAAAUGCCAAGUAGCGGGAUUUUUUUUCCCCGUUCCCUAAUGGCAUCCAAGAUUUUCUUUGCUAUGUGGUCAGUGUUUAUUUUUAUGGCUAUUCAUAGACACCCAAGACCCUGUUUGUUUUGUUUUUUAUUGUAUGUUCAUGUUUCAUUUAAUAAAUGUUUUGUUUGGUUGUUUGAGUAGACAUUUAUUAUCUUGUUUGUUCAUUUUUAUUGGUUGUUUGUCCAUUUAUUUAUUUACUUAUGAACUACAAUCAAGCUAUCCAACUAGUCCAUGCCAAGUUCAAGCAUCUCUUAACUGCAAAUGUUUCAUUUCUGCAUGUGUUCAGAAGGUUUCCAUAACCAUGCUGAACAAAUGAUUUAGGAGAGAGCACUAUUUAACAUGUUCCACAGCUCUUGCAAUACAAAAUUACAUUCACUAUUGCCUAACAGAGGUUUAUCCAUCAAUACUGCUCUCAAGUUUGGCUUAGUUCUUAACAGCACAGACUAUCAACACCAGAGUAUAUCACAUGUCCUUAUUUUAACAGAGGUUGUCAUCAUCCUGGAUUUCUGAGAAGUAACUCCCCUUCAACAGGCUUCACUUAAGUACUAUUAGCAGGAAUAGGGUUUAGGCCUCACAGUUUUCAACUGGUGAUAUUACAGUUAUUGCAAUUAAACAGACAUGAAUUGCUUUGUUGAAUUUAAAGGUAGCAUUUAGGCAGUAAAGUUGAGAUUAUUAUUCAUUUUCAACCUGGAAGUAUAGCAAUUGUUCCCCUACUAGUCAAACAGCCUUCCCAACAGUUUUCCUUCCAGGUGGCGUGUACUAUAUUGCUCGAUCCACACAGCACAGGCUUGAAGUUUUGAAACUUUAAGUCUUCCUUGAUUUGUCCCUCUUGGAAAAACCUUAAAAAUUCUAUGUAGAACCCUACAACAGUGUUUCCAUAUCAGGUAGAGUUCAAAAGUUUGGGAAGCUUAGUACCUUUAACUAUUCAAAGUACAUGGGAUAAAAUGCUCUCCUUCAUAUUUCUUUCUUAUUGAGAUGAAAAUUGCAAAUUUACUACUGCUAUUAUUAUUUUGUUUUACUGUAGAUGAAAGUCUUAAAAAUGAAAUAUGAAAGCCGCAGUAAGGUGCUGCUGGAGAAGCUGGAGAAUUUAGUGCAGUCCCUGACGUGAUUAGUCCAUACAUGUGGAUCUAUUACUGUGGUUUGAAAAGUGCCAUCAUUUGACACAGAGCAGGAGUCUUCAACUGGCAGGCUGCAGUCUGGAUACAGACCCAACAAAGUACUUCAGCAGAUUCAACUGGGCAGAAAACACUAUAGCAGAAUUGAUCAACUUACAAAAAACUGGCCAUAGUUCAGCAACUCUAAUUUUGUAAACAUGAACCAUCACUGCUUCAGUUGUAGCUUAUUGCAGUGAAUUACACACAUCUAUGUUAAUUAUUUAGCUGAAGGCAGCUUAUCAAGUUUUCACAGACUUUCAUAAUUAAAAAAAUAUAUAUUUAAUCGCUCUGGUCUGCUGAAUAGUGAACGUAGCUGUUUAAAAAAAAAUAAAAACAAUGUUUAAAGACAACUGGACAGAGAAAUAUGUGUUUAUUCUCCAGUUCAAGUUCAGAACUGAUGUCUGUUCAGAGUCUGUUGUGCUAGUCAGAAGUGUUAAUGUAAAGUGCCAGUGCAAAACAAAACAUAACCACUUCAAAUUGAUGUCUUAUUUAUAGCCAUGAACUACCACUAAAAGCUAACUGAUAUCACCAUUCUGUCAAGUGCAGAGGUAGCUCUGUGGUUAAGAUGUUGGCCUACUGAUUGGAAGGUCAUGAGUUCAUUCCCCAGCACCACCAAGCUGCCACUGCUGGGCCCUUGAGCAAGGCCCUUAACCUCAACUGCUCUGUUGUAUAAAAAAAUUUUUAAAAAAUGAGAUAAAUGUAAGUCGCUCUGGAUAAGGGCGUCUGUCAAAUGUCAUGUUAGUUUCCUUUCUGGAACUUUAAAAGGAAUUUUAUGUAAUUGGACCUUCACAAACUUUAGGAUUGUGGUUUUCUCUUGGUGAUUGGUCAGAAACUACCCUCAUACUGCAGCACUUCCUGACUGGGCCUUUAUGUGACUGUAGGUUGGUCUUCAUUAAAUCAAUGUAAAACACCACUUUACAUUGCAGACAUUUUCCAUAUCCUCACAUUCCAUAAUUUAUAUCCUGCAUAUCUUUUCAUGGCAACACACAAAUCACAACCUAUACUUAACUUUAGGGUGUCUUAUCAUGGUUUCGAAAUGCCUUCAACCUCUAUGGAUUGUCACGCUGGGAUUUAACACAUUGUCGCUUACAAAUAGCUGUCAGUGUCCAGAACCAAAGUACUGAAUGUAAAUACUCACUGUUUGAGUCCAUUCAUUCAAUAUCCAGAUACAAUAUCGCUCGAUUAAGAGCAUGAGUUAUCAGCAUGCAAUCCAGCACACAGGAUUCUUUUUUGCUGAUAUGAGUUUGGUUUGUUCAUUUUCAUAUGUAUAAUGUACUAGAUGCAGAUACCUGAUCCAGACAGACUGGCCGUGAAAUGAAACACUGAACUUUGUACUCUUACUGUUCGAUCAAAGUUUCUCUCAGUGUUUUAACAGGAUGUAAAUGUUCUUAUAUUAAAUAAUAAAAAGUGAUGGAAAUCUUUUACCCUGCAAUGUCUGUAAUAAAUAUACUGUUAUUGA